AUGGAGCGCUCGAACUCGGCUCGAGCGGCACAGCUCGGCGAACUGGUGACGGGCCGCCGCUACUUUCUGCUCACACUGGCAGCCACAGGCAUCGCCGCGGCAAGUGCAGUGCAGCGACUGCGCGAGUCGCCUACUCCGGACCCUCGAGCGUCAGGGAUACAGCUCUUUAUCGUCGAGCUCCUGAGCUCGCGUAUCAGUGCGAUGAUCAUACUCCACUUCUUCCUGGUGGCCAUGUACCACGCCUUCCUGUUGCUGGCGCGUGCGGCGCUUGGUGCGCUGCGACCGCUGGAGCUGCAACAGACCAAGGAGACGCUCAUCCCCUUCGUACUCUUGCGCUGCCAACUGCUAGUCAGCACGAUGGAGCCCAGUGGACAUCGGAUGGAGCUGGGAAUGCUCGUGGUGUGGCUCGCAGCGCUGGCUGUGCUUCGCGCACUGCUGGCACUGACUCAAGCGCGGUUCCAGCAUCUACUGACUCGCCCUAUGACGCAGCUGAGGGACUUGCAGCGCCUCGGAGCUGUGCUAGUCGGCGUUAUCGUGCUGAAUCUUGCGCUGGCCGCAACGUGCUCGCGUCUCCGUCUCUUUUCGAAUCGAAUCGUGCACGUUCCAUGGUUCGAGGCGUCGCUGAUGCUGCUCAAGACGCUAGAACUCGGCGUACAGGUCGGUUUUCAGAGCCUGGACGUGCGUGCAGCUUCUCUCUCGGAAGAAGAGGACUCGGGCUACUCGGAGAACAGCGAGUUCCACCUACUACUGCUACAGACUGUGCUGUCAGGCUGCUACUUGGUGCAACUGGUGCUGUAUUACCUCUAUGUUAUCAGUGUAGACCAGUUCCGAGUGAGUCUCUUCGAUCUGAUCCUGAUUCUCAACGUGAAGAACGCGACGAUGCGACUGCUAGACAAGAUCAAGCACGUCAAGCUGUACCAGCGGGUGGUGCUGGAUCUAGAUCAACUGUUCCCUGACGCCACUGCUGACGAGCUGGAGAGUGUGGCGGACGACGUGUGCGCCAUCUGUCUCAAGUCCAUGUCGACUCAAGCCAAGAAGCUGCGCUGUGGCCACCUUUUCCACCGACUGUGUCUGCGCCAGUGUCUCCAGAAGGCGUCGGUGAGUGAUGCUCUUGCUGGACUGGACCCGCUCACGCGCAUGGCCAAUGGUCUGGGUAUGGAGGGACCGUUACCACCUGCUGCGAGUGGCUCGAGUGCCAGCUCGACAUCCAUACGCUGUCCGAUCUGCCGUAAGCAAGUAUGUGGUGGGAAAUGUGACGAGAUGACGUCUGCCGAGCCCGAGCACCCGCGUCCUCAGCAGCCUGAAGCGGAAGCUGCGGCCCCUCAGACUGAACAACAGCAAGUUGCCAUCAACAAUGUGCAAGCCGAACCACAGGCGCAACCAGCUGCAGCUCCAGGCACUGCCGCCCCCGAAGAAGUGCUUCGCUUUAGCACGGCGUUCCUCUCGCGUUGGGUUCCGUUCCCGAAUUUCUCGUUCGAGAUCGUCCGACAUCGCGGCGGUAUGCGCAAUUUCGAGCUGAACGCACGAUGGAGCGGAUUCUGA